AUGUCAACAACACUUCAACUUGACCCAUACGCUCUUCUCAUAAUUUUCUAUCACAUUGAUGAUCUAAAAACACUGUACGGAUCUUGUUCUCGCGUCUGCAGAGAUUGGUAUCGAACAUUCUUUGCAGAAAGCUCCGAUAAAAAGUGGAAUAGGAAUUUGCAACCUCUUCAUAAUUCAUCAUUUUGCAAAAUAGUUGAUAAGAUUGUUUAUAUGAAUAGGAUGGCAGAAGUUUUGGAUUUGUCAGGUCAAUAUUCUGAAUGGAUGGGAACUGCUCCUUAUUAUAAUCUUUACAAUCAAUUUGAAUGUGAAUUGUUUUCGAGUGGAGAAAUUAUUGGAAAAGUAUUGAAACAUAAAAAGAAGGUUGUUAGUACUAAAUUAUUCAAGAAGAGAUACAUGACAUUGGGUUGUUAUUGUCCAUUGGUGGCUUCUAAUCGAAAUCCUCAUAUGGCAAUUAGAAAGUUAUCUCAAGCCAAUUCAAUUCCAAAAAUGUUUCAAGGUUCCAUUGCUUCAUGUUGCCAAUUUUUGGUUGCAGUUUCUGAUACAAAAAAUUCCUCAAUAUCUUUCUAUUCCUCAGUUGACAAUGAGUGUUUAUUGAAAGAGUUCAGGAUUGGAGAGAAUGUGAGAAUUUCAAGCAUGGCUCUCACAUUUCAUCCAUUAAUGAGUUCAGAACAUAGAAAAAUGUUGAAUAUUGAUCCAAAACAACCAGAUGUUAACAUUUAUUGUCUAUAUGUUCUUUGUGCGUAUACUACAGGUGGUUUCAACUUGAAGAAAUACCUUUGUCUAAUGAUGACUAAUACGACUCAUAACUGUGAAGGCUCUCUUUCUGUUCCUGGAUGGGAACAUGUUGGUAUGGAUCUAGUUGUCAUAACAACUCCAGAUUGUUUAUAUUUAGUCUCUAAUCAUGGAAUCAUUCAUUAUGUACGAACAGGUCAUGUUGCAACAAGUCCAUCAAUCACACCUUAUUCAGGAAAUAGUUUUCAUGCAAGUUAUCUCAUUAAUUUUACAAAAGCCCUCAAUACUAGAGGGUUUUCAUUAGAGGACACAAACACAUAUUCAAACUAUUCUGUUUUUUCUCUUCAAUUUGGAGGAAACACUAAUGAGUAUCUUGAUUUUAUUUACAUUUAUUUGGUAAUAGCUCAGAAAAAAGAACCACUCAAUAAUGAAUAUUCAGUAUUUGUAAAUGUUAGUCAAAAUGUAAGCAAGUCCAUUAAGAGAGGUCCUUCAAUUUAUUCAAUGUUGGAUAUAAGAGAUUACACUGAGAGAAUUCUCAAUAUCAGUAAUCAAGGAAAGGAGGCAAAGGUUGAAACUUCAUAUUAUGAAGUGAAUGCAGAGGGACACAAAAUAGCAAACCACGAAACGUUCUAUGAGAGACAUUGGGAAAGACAUUUAUCAAGGUUUUCAGAAUUUUAUGAUUAUUAUGAGGAAAUUUCUACAAUUAAAUUGUGGGAAGAUCAAUACUUUUAA